UAUCAUAAUUUUAGUACUUAGAAGUUUUGGGUAAAUUAAUUGAAAAAAUGUUGUAGUUGAACGUGAAGAGAUUGAUGUCUUGCAAAGAGAAACACGUCUGAGACACUUUCCCCCAUAAUUCCCGAUUUGCCCAUCCUUCCAUAAUCAUCAUCAUCUCCCAAUUCUUUUGAAAAUCCAAAUAAAAAUCUCAAAUUCUAAUCAAUCUCUGGAGAUUUCGAAUUCGCUGGUUUGAGUUUCGACGGAGAUGAUGGAAGAUAGAAAUGGAGGAAACAGAUUGGAUCGGAAGAAGACAAUGACGAUGAACUGGGAAGGAUUAGGAGAUUUCGAAGAAGACGAAGACGACGAUAGGUUCUUCGAAACUCAUGAUCGUCUCUCUUCUGCUCUAGCUUUCGACAUUGCUGCUUCUUCUUCCGACGAGGACGAAGACGAGGAUUUCGACGAUUGUCGCCUUUCGUUUUCCUCCGCCGUCUCUUCCUUAACCACCGCCUCUAGGAAGUUCCGUACGCCGGCGAUGUCGCCUGAUUACGAUAUCUGGAUGGCUGCUCCGGGAUCGAUUUCCGAGCGGCGUCGCCGUCUUCUCCAUGGGAUGGGGCUUGUUAGCAAUAAGGAUAUGGUCGGUGCUGUUUCGAUUCGUCGUGUUGUUUCUAAUGCUAGUACUAGUAAUGGUGAUGAUAAGAUGAAGAUGAAGAUGAAGAUGAAGAAUAAGAUUACGAAUAAUGGUGAGGUUGAUGGUGUGGAGAAUGGUUUUCACGGUGAAUCAUCGGAGAUUCUGGAUCACGAUCAUGACCAUGUUCCUGUUAUGCUUGCUCGGUCGAGAUCGGAAUCAGAUAUUGAGAGAUUUUUCAUUGAGAAACGGAGGAAAGAUGAGAUUUUAGGGAAAAUCUCCAAGCAGCGCCUUACGAGAACCUAUUCCACAAUUGGAGCUACGCGGACAAGGGUUUGUCAGUACCAAACUCCCAUCAGACAAUCCCCUGCGGUUUGUCGAAAUGGGAAGGCUCCCCGCGGUGGUGGCUCAGAGGCGUUGACAUCGGUAAUGUCGAAUGCGAGGGUUGGUGCGUUCUUCUUGAUUAAGAAUCUUGACACAGGGAAGGAGUUUAUAGUGAAUGAGUAUGAUGAAGAUGGAAUGUGGAAUAGGCUUAGUGAUUUGCAGACAGGAAAGCAAUUAACUUUGGAGGAAUUUGAGAAAUGUGUUGGCUAUUCACCUGUGGUUAAAGAGCUUAUGCGUAGAGAGAAUGUGAAUAGGAUUAACUACGAACCUAUAAUGGAUCUUCGCAAGUUCAAUUCCUAUCUUUCAAAGAGCGUGAGGCUGAGCAAGAGAAGAGGGGCUGCGUUGUUGAAGAACAUUAAAGGUGUUGCUCAUUCUAUGAGUUUACGGGCUGCGGAUAAAGAUGUAAGCGAUGGAAGCAGUGAUAGUCCUAGAACAGGGAAAGAUCAUAAACACGGUAAAGCUAAUGAGUGGGUGAAAGUGAGGCAAACAGGAAAGUCGUAUAAAGAAUUGAGUGCUUUGCAUAUGUGUCAAGAGAUUCAAGCUCAUGAGGGUGCGGUCUGGACAAUCAAGUUUAGUCCAGAUGCUCAUUAUCUUGCGAGCGGAGGAGCGGACAGAGUCAUUCAUGUGUGGGAGGUCCAAGAAUGUGAACUAAUGUCUAUGAAUGAAGGGAGUCUCACUCCCAUUCAUCCCUCACUUUGUGACUCUGGGGAGAGAUCAUUGGCUGGAAAUGAGAUAACUAUGGUAGAAAAGAAAAAGAAAGGAAAAGGCUCAUCGGGAAGAAGAAAUAAUCAGAUUCCGGAUUACGUCCAUGUUCCUGAAACAGUCUUCUCCUUUUCUGAUAAGCCUGUUUGCUCUUUGAAGGGUCAUUUGGAUGCUAUUUUGGAUUUGUCAUGGUCCAAAUCUCAGCUUCUCCUUUCAUCUUCCAUGGACAAAACAGUCAGGUUAUGGGAUCUAGAAACCAAAACAUGCCUCAAAUUGUUUGCCCACAAUGACUUCGUGACAUGUAUUCAGUUCAGUCCAGUGGAUGAAAAUUAUUUCUUAAGUGGAUCACUUGACGCAAAGAUAAGGAUAUGGAGCAUACAAGAUCGACAUGUUGUGGAAUGGAGUGAUCUUCAUGAAAUGGUCACUGCUGCUUGUUACACUCCAGAUGGUCAGGGUGCUUUUAUCGGGUCACAUAAAGGAAUUUGCCGUGCUUAUGAUACUGAAGAUUGUAAGCUGAACCAAACUAACCAGAUUGAUGUUCAGAGCAACAAAAAAUCACAAGCGAGAAGGAAGAUCACCAGUUUUCAGUUUUCCCCGGUGAAUCCAUCCGAAGUUCUUGUCACAUCUGCUGAUUCACGGAUUCGAAUUUUAGACGGUUCUGAAGUUAUUCAUAAAUUCAAAGGCUUUAGAAACACGUGCAGCCAACUCUCUGCUUCAUAUAGCCAGGACGGGAAAUACAUAAUCUGUGCGAGCGAAGACUCUCAGGUUUAUUUGUGGAAGAACGACAGUCACCGAACAAGAUCAACAGUCACGACACAAUCUCACGAACACUUUCACUGCAAAGAUGUCUCAGCCGCUGUUCCUUGGCACGGUCAUGUUAGAGGCGAGCCACCACCUGUUCAGGUUCACUCUAAACGCCACUCAAAGCGCAUAUCCACUUCGAGCCAGCCUUCAUCCUCCACAGACUCACCAACAAGUGAUGACACCUCGGCAACGGCACCAACUACAUCUAAGCGCAAUAAAAAACCGGGGUUACCUCCAAUGCCUAAGAAAGCCGCUAUGCAGAGUCCGCAGCAACCAGAGGAAGAAGCGGGACCUGAGCUGGGAAGCAGCGAGUCGUUUCGGUCGAGUAUGAACAGUUCGGAGCAGCAUUCGUCAAGGUUUGGGGAAUCUCCAUCGAUAAACACAUCGUCAAGGUUAUCUUCAUGGUCGUGGUUCGACAGUGGUGGCCACGGUCCACAAACUAUACAUCCAACGGCAUGGGGGAUGGUGAUUGUAACGGCUACUGUUCAUGGCGAGAUCAGAUCUUAUCAAAAUUUUGGCUUACCGAGACGAAUCGGUCGGCAAACGACACUCUUUUGAUUUUAAAAAGGAAGGAACCGGUCUCUAUUUUCUUGAUUUUGUAUCUUUGUUGCUUGUAGAGUACGUAAAGAAACUGUCUCAUAGUGUUGAGAACCUCUCCCGACGUUGAAAAUAUUUUGUAUUUGUAUCAUAUCAACACAAACAAAAACUUGUGAAGUUCUCCA